AUGGCUCCGAAUGCUCAUGGACCUCAACAGAGAGCUUUCAGCCCUUAUACCGAUAAUGGAGGUAGCAUUCUCGCCAUUGCUGGCAAGGACUUUUGCGUGGUUGCGGGCGAUACGAGACAGAGCGAGGGGUACAACAUCAUGACUAGGUACAAGCCCAAGGUUUUCAGAUUGACGGACAAGGCGACGCUCGCUACGAAUGGCUUCAGCGCCGAUGCCGAUGCCCUCGUAUCACGUAUCAAGCAGAGGUUGGAGAUGUACAGGCACGCACACGGUUCUUCCAUGCCUCUAGCGUCCAUCGCCAGGUUGAUCAGCACCAUGCUGUACGGAAAACGCUUUUUCCCUUACUACGUCUACAACAUCCUUGGAGGACUGGACGAGGAGGGAAAGGGUGCAGUGUACUCUUUCGAUCCGGUGGGAAGCUACGAGAGGGAAUUUUGCAGAGCUGCCGGUGCUGCUCAGAGCCUUUUGCAACCCUUUUUGGACAGCCAGAUCAUGUUCAAGAAUCAACUCUCCACGCCCACUCGUCCUCUGCCCGAGCCUGGCACCAUGGCGCUCCCAGACGUGCUGCGCAUCGUUAUGGACAGCUUCACCUCGGCCACGGAGCGUCAGAUCGAAGUGGGAGACGGAUUGGAAAUGUUUGUGGUGAGGAAUCCGGCGGAGGCGGCCAGCGAUGGUGCUGCUUCAGUACAGCUCAACGGAGCGGUCGAGGCUACGGGAGGAGAGGAUGAUCAAGUGGAAGGCGCUACGUUGGUUCUCAGAAAGGAGCUCAAGAAGGAUUGA